AUGCGCGUGCGAUUCAUCCAGGCCUUCGCCACGGUGCCGCGAGAGCUGUUCCGCCUCAACAACGGACCGGCGGUGCGCCUGCGGGCUCGACCAGGCCCGACGCGACCGCAGGGGGUGUUCGACCUGUUGACGCACAACGGCAUGGUGCUGCCCAAGGCAUUGUCGCCGGAGACAUACCAGCCACCCAACGAAGCGUCGCUGCGUCCCAACACACCGCGGCAGCGCGAGCUGGUCGACGAUGCCUGGGGAGACGCCGCGUGCGUCUACGCCAUUCCUGCCGGGACUCGGCUGCCUGACGAUCUGAUCCUCGUCCAUGAGUUCCGCACGCACUACUCGCUGCAGGCGAAGCGGAAGAUGACCGUCGAAGAGCUAAACGACACGAUCACCCGCUUCCUGCAGUCCGACGCCCGCUGCCUGACGAAGCAGCAGUGGCUGCGGGAAUAUCCACAACCAACCGAGGACGAGGUGUGA